GUAGCCAUAGUUGACGCUUCAAGCGAAAUUUAGCAAUCCAGAUAUGUAUGUACAUCAAAUAAAGACUGUAAUUGAUAAUUCUGUUAUAAACUUGUACAAAGAAAGAAUGUAUUUUAGAACGCAGUAGAAAUAUAAAUUAAAAGGACAGAUAAGAAAUAGUUCUCUAUUGAAACGAAAUUGUCAAUCGUUUUACAUAUAUUUAUAGAAACAUAACAAAGAUAUAAUGGCAAUGACUAAAAAUCGUCUCCAUAAUACAGAAGAUGAUAUAUCUUUCGAACCAAAACUAACAAGAGCAAAGGCCAAGGAAUUAGCAGCAGCUCAAGUUAAUAUACCAUGGCCAAUUACUCCGGUGAAGAAGACUUCAUCAGAAGUACAAGUGUUAAUCGAAGAAGAAUUACCAGAAGAUUCAUCUGAUGAAGAAUAUAAUCCAGAGCAAGAAUCACCUGACCCUCAGGAUCAGACUGAUCCUGAAGGAAUUUUUAAGAUUCCUGGGAUUCCUUAUGUUCCAACAGAGGAAGAAAGUAUUGGUCAAAGAACUCGUUCAAAAGUUUGUUUAAGUGAAACACCUUUGGAACAAAUUGAACAAGCAUUCAUACCACCAGAUAUAACCACUGACAUGUAUGACUUGGAUUGCGAACUAGAUGAAGAUUGGGACAAUUUCUUAAAAGAAUUUACUCAACCAUUAACUCAAGAAACAAUAGUGGAAGAUGAUUCGGAAGCAGAUCCAGAAUAUAAUAUUUUAGAAGAUGAGGAAACAGAGUUUUUGGAUAAAGAAGAAUUGAGAGCUGACAAAGCUGUAAAAAUUACUCGUAAAGAAUUAAAUAACUUGAUUGCAGAAUUAUUUGAGUUUACAGACAUGUUUUCAAAACAAGAGCAAGAGAUUUCAAAAAAAAGAAAAUCUCCAGAAAAUACAAAUUUUUCAAGCGAAAACAAUAUUAUGAAUUGUUCUGUAACAGAUUUAUUACUUACUUACAAAGAACCCGAACUUCCCAAUUUAAUGAAUCCAAAUCAACAAGAAUUGUUGGCAGUUCAAUUUCGACAACAUGUACAAUUAAUGGUGCAACAUUUUGCUAUGACAUAUAUGCAUCCGGACUUACAUUCGCAGUCAAAAACUUGCAAACAAAAUCUGAAUAGUAUAAAAUACUUGAGCAAUGGACCUAAUUCUGCAUUCAAUGUGGCAAAUUUAUCAGAUGCUUUAACAUUAGUAUCUGAUUGGGAAAAUAAAUUUUUGGAUAAUAAAUUUUCUGAGGAUUUCAAAAAAACUAUGACAGAUGAAGAAGUAGUAAAGAAAAUAAAUAAAUGUAAAUAUAUUCCUAAAUUUCAUCCAGAAUUAAAAAAAAUAUUUAUGGAAAGUAAAGCUUUGAUGUAUCCACAACUCUUGCCUGAAAUGCCAUUCAGAAGUGAACUGAAUAAGUUUAUGCGUUCUCCAUAUUUAAGAUCAGAAGAAAAUUUAAUUGCAUUGGGUUUGGAACAGUUUCUUCCUUUUGUUGCAUCUAAAUCAAGAAAAUUUAAGGGUAAAAAUAUUCAAUUAGCAGAUGCAGUAAAACUAAUUAUUCAGUAUUUAGUGCCAUGUAGAGAACCUGAAGGAUUAUUGUAUCACAUCAAAAAAUGUCGAAGUGCAAAAGAUGCAAAUCCGAUAAAACAUUAUUUUGAAAAGAAUUGUGCUCCUAGAACAAUACAUUAUAUAACAUUGGAAUGUGAUCUGAAGGCACCCAAGGAUCAAUCAAUAAAUCUGUUACCUUUAAUUUGGCAAACUUAUCUUAAUAAUACAAAACAGAAAAUUGAUAUGAUGAAGCGAAAACAUAAUCUUAAUUUGUACAAUGAUAUAAAUAAAGAUUGUCUUACAAAUGGAAAUGGAAAUAGAAACCAAAUUACUAUUUCUAAAGCUCACUUUCUUUGUGCACAAAACCAGCCUGUUAAUACAUUACCAAAAAUAUUACCUGCAAAUAAUACAUUACCAAAAAUAUUACCUGCAAAUAAUACAUUACCAAAAAUAUUACCUGCAAAUAAUACAUUACCAAAAAUAUUACCUGCAAAUAAUACAUUACCAAAAAUAUUACCUGCAAAUAAUACAUUACCAAAAAUAUUACCUGCAAAUAAUACAUUACCAAAAAUAUUACCUGCAAAUAAUCAGAAAACAACUAGAAAUACAUCAAAAGAUAAUUUGUGCACAAAUGCAAAUGCUAAUUUUGAAGUCUUUAGAAAUAUAUCAAACAAUGGAGAUAAUAUUAAAUCACAUAAUAUAUAUACAUUAAAUAAAGAAUGUUCAUUGCAUCAUAGCAAUUCUUUAAAAAUUAUAACUACACAAGAAGAAAAAGGGAAGCAAAAAGAUACGAAUGAAUUAAAAGAAGUUGAAAAUGAUAUAUCCACAAAUUCAAUUACCUUAAAACAUUCGAAAUUUUCAAAAAAAUCUGAAAUAGUACAAGAAUUACCUCAAUUACGAAAGACUACUCCUAGAUUAGCAAAAACAAAAAGUGCUCAAAAUAUGAAAUUAAUGGCUCAAGUAUUAGGACCAAAAGGUUUAUCCAAUUGUAAUGCCUUAAAAUCCAGAGAAAAAAAUGAUGUAAAUAAAAAUGUAGAAAAAUCAGCAGAUUCGUCUAUGCUUGACAAUGAAGAUGAAAUAGCAGAACUAAUGUUAGCUAGCACAACUAUUAAAAAAGAUUCUAUUAGUAGAAAGAAAGCUAAAGAAGCUAGAGAAUUAGAAAACAUUAAAAGACUUUUAGAAUCAGAAAAUCCAUUAAAUGAAGAAGAAAGAGGUUCAAAGUUUGCAGCAUCAUACUUUCAGAAAUUGCACUUGACAUUAGAAUCUAAUAAUCCAGCAAUAUUACGGUCCGUAAUAAAAUUAUAUUUAGAUUAUUAUGAAAAAUUAGAUAAUAUUAAUCAGAUCGAUGAAUUAUCAUUUUCGAACUCAGCAAAUUCUUUGCAUACUGAACGAAUUAUGGGAAAAGCUGCAAAAGAUACAAUAACUAUUAAUUUGUAUCAUGAUAUAUGUAAAAAAUUAUGGGAAUAUCCUGAGCUUUGUACAGAUUUUUUAUUGUUUUUGAAACCACAUCAAGCUGCAAUGCUGGAUAAAUCAGUAGAGUAUAUAAUGCUUCAAAAAAUGAAUGAAUUUGUUAAUGUAGCUCAAAUAUAUUUUGCUAAACAACCUUCUCGGAUAGCAAAAAUGAUGCAAGCUAUUACACAACUUUCAUCCAAUCCACAAACAACAUUAGAGCAUAUUCAUGCAACUAUGAGUUCUAUACUCAAAGGACAUCCUUUGAUUAUGGAUUUAUUUUUACAAAUAUUACCAACUGCUAAACCUCCAGAAAGUUUGUUUGCAUCGCACAUGUUUGAAAACUUAACAUGUCCAGUGGGUCCAUAUGAUAAAAGUAAAAUUUAUUCUGAAGAUGCACCUGAAUUAUAUGAAAAUAUAGAACUGUCUGUAUUAUCAUUUCAAGAAGAUCCUUAUGGUGGAGAAAACUGCAAAUGCAGUUGUCACAGUAGUGAUGAAUCCACUUAUAAAAAUAUUUCUGAACAUUGUGUGUCUUGUGGCACAAGGUUCCUCAACGGGAAAAUUUACCUUCAAACAUCUGAAGGUUUAAGACCUGCAAAAAUUAUUUUUCCUGGAGCUGAAGAAGAAAAAUUGGAAAAUAUUGCACGUGUAUCUUUAAAAACUACUGAUAAAUUUGCUUUAUCCAUUUCAUCCAAACAAAGAAAGAAGUCUUCGAAGAAUGAAUUUCAUGCUGAUGAACAAUAUCAAAAAUCUUGCAUAGCAAAAAAUUCACCUGUCAAAGAAAAUGAAGAAGGGGAAAAAUUAAUUAUAAAAACUAAAAAGACUAUAAAAUCGCCGUCAAAAGAUCAGAAAAAAGACUUAAAAAGAUCUAGGAAUGAAUUGAAUUAUUUAAAUAGAAAUACGAAAAAAAUGCGUAUAUCUCAGUGUAAAACUAAAAGUGAAAAAAAAAUUGACAAACACGAAGUAAAAUUGGAAUGUGUAGAUUCAAAUGUCAGUCCUGAUGGGAAAUCGGAUGAAUGUUUGUUUAUCAAUUAUAAAAACUCUAAAGAAAUAAUGGUAAAUAAUAUGUCAGAUGUGAAAAUGUCGAAUAAUAAUGUAAGCAAGAUCUCAUCUCAUGAAAUAAACAAUGCUACUGAUUUAAAUACCAAUGUAAACACUAAAUCGUGGACACGACAGGAAGAUAUGAUUCUAUUGCAAACUAUUAAAAAGGAAUAUUCUGAAAAUUCACUUGUCCUGGUCAGUAAAACAUUAGGAAAUCGUACAAUUGAUCAAGUUAAAGAAAGAUGCGAAAUGCUACUCUCUUUAUUAAAAAAAAUGAUGUAAUUAUUUGAAAAAGAUGUAAUAUUAUUAAAUCUUACUUCAAAAUUUCACUGAGUAAGUAUAUGCCAAAUAAAUAUGUAAUGUUAAACUAUUAAAAUGUCACGAUCUAAAAAAUCAUCAGCUUUUAUUUUAAAUUAUAGACUUGUUUUCAUCAAUUAUAUAAAUGACUUUAUGUUACAAAACUAUCUCAUAAUAAGAAAUCCAAUAUGUAAAUAGAAAUAAGCAAGUGCGAAGCAAUAUUCAACUAAAAAUAGCAGUACAUGUGUGUAUGGAAAUAGGAUAUGAAAUUAGAUUAUUUAUAGUUCUUAUAACUUAUUCUAAAAAUUAACAAUAUAUUUAAAUUUUUGCAGCACGAAAAAGCAGUAAUUGAAUAUUA